UUCCUUCACUUUCCAAUUUUGGUUUAUUAAAUUUAAAGCUUCGAUUCUCUUUCUAAAGCUAAACUUAAACAACUUUUCUUUUUAUUAAUUAUUAAUUCCACUAAAUUUUUAUAUAUACUGACUAGUUACUGGUUACUACCAUUUGUAGCGCCAUAGCUAAGUACAAACCUCUUCAACUUGCCAGAUACCUUCUAUUUUUCAUAUCUCAAUCUGAAGCGGGCGAAUUUGGAGUGGCUGCUGGGCUAGAAAGAUGAUGAUGAUGAUGAUGAUGAUGGGUGACCGGUUUUUCUGUCAAAUUCUCUUUUCUUUUCUUUGUUUUUUAUAUUUAGCAACUAGUUCUUCUGGGAACAGUGAACUGGACGUGCUACUGAAGCUCAAGACAGCCAUGACCGGCCCAACAGGUUCGGGACUUGACGAUUGGAAACCAUCUUCGUCGUACUGUUCCUUUUCUGGAGUCACGUGCGACAACGAGUCACGUGUGACCGCACUCAACGUUACAAACGUCCCUCUGUUCGGUCACUUACCACCGGAGAUAGGGAGUUUGAGCAAGCUCGUGAACCUCACUAUCGCCUGCGACAAUCUCACCGGGAGACUUCCGGCGGAGAUGGCUAACCUCACGUUCCUCAGGCAUUUAAACAUCUCCAACAAUGUCUUCAGCGGCAUGUUCCCUGGAGAAAUCACGCUCGGGAUGACGGAGCUAGAAGUUAUCGACAUUUACGACAACAAUUUCACUGGUCCAUUACCGAUUGAGAUUAUUGGGCUUAAAAAACUGAAGCAUCUUCAUCUCGGUGGAAACUACUUCUCUGGAAACAUUCCGGAAAACUACUCCGAGAUUAAGAGCUUGAAGUAUUUGGGUCUCAAUGGUAACAGCCUCACCGGGAAGUUCCCGGCCAGCUUUGCUCGGUUGGAAAAUCUCGAAUUUAUGUACGUUGGGUACGAUAACAAUUACGAUGGCGGUAUUCCUCCCGAGUUGGGUUCCAUGACCUCACUUAAACUGUUGGAUAUGGGUGGCUGUAACCUCACCGGCGAGAUACCCAUAAGUCUGAGCCAGUUGAAGAAUUUGCACUCUUUGUUUUUACAGAUAAACCGUCUCACAGGCCAUAUACCUCCGGAGCUUUCUGGUUUAGAGAGCCUGAUGUCUUUAGAUCUCUCGAUCAACGAGCUGACGGGAGAGAUACCAGCGAGUUUCUCUGAGUUGAAGAACUUGACGCUAAUCAAUCUGUUCAGGAACCGUUUUUUUGGUACCAUCCCCGAGUUCAUAGGUGAGCUUCCACAUCUUGAGGUGCUUCAGAUAUGGGAUAACAACUUCACGUUUUAUCUUCCGGAGAGUCUUGGCCGAAACGGAAAGCUUUUGGACUUGGACGUUACCAACAACCACUUGACUGGACUCAUUCCACGUGAUUUGUGCAAAGGUGGAAGAUUAAGGACACUCAUUCUGAUGCAAAACUCUUUCUUCGGAACGAUUCCUGAUGAACUCGGGCAGUGCACAUCGCUCACGAAAAUCCGAAUUGGUAAGAACUUUUUCAAUGGAACCAUUCCAACUGGGAUUUUCAAUUUACCUAACGUAACCAUUAUUGAGCUCAAUGAUAAUUUUCUGUCCGGAGAACUUCCCUCUCGAAUGUCGGGCGAUUCGCUAGGGCUUUUGGUGCUUUCCAACAAUUGGAUUUCCGGGAAAAUCCCUCCUGGGAUUGGGAAUCUCAAGAUUUUGCAAAUUCUUUCCAUUGAACAUAACAGGUUGUAUGGUGAAAUUCCCAGUGAGUUAUUUGGUUUAAGUGCGUUAACGAGGAUCAAUGUCAGUGCCAAUAAUCUUAGCGGUGAAAUUCCGAUAUCAAUUUCGAGUUGUGCUUCCCUCAAUGCCAUUGAUUUUAGCGAGAACAGUUUGGUCGGUGAAGUCCCUAGAGGGAUAUCUAAGCUCAGUGAUUUAAGUAUUCUAAACUUCUCCAAAAACCAUCUCACUGGCCAAAUCCCCGACGAAAUCCGAUCCAUGACGAGUCUCACUACUCUUGAUCUCUCUUACAACGAUUUCAUUGGCGGAGUUCCAGUAGAUGGACAGUUUAUGGUAUUCAACGACACGUCGUUUGUUGGGAACCCAAAUCUCUGUCCGCCACGUCAUCCCCUGUGUCCAUCUGUACGGAAUGGAGCCGGAGCCCCGAGUGGAGGCAAGAGGGUCUUGAGUCCAACCCAGCUCAGCAUCACUCUCAUCGCCCUCGCCACUGGCCUUCUAGUGGUUCUCCUCACACUGUACCGAAUACGUAAGAAGAAGCUUCAAAAAUCCAGGGCGUGGAAGCUCACCGCCUUCCAGCGGCUCGAUUUCAAAGUCGAGGACGUACUCGAGUGCGUUAAGGAAGAAAACAUCAUAGGCAAAGGUGGUGCAGGGAUUGUUUACCGUGGGUCGUUGCCUUACGGCGCUGAAGUAGCGAUCAAGAAACUGUAUGGUCGCGGGGGGUCCGAUCAUGGGUUCUCGGCCGAAAUUCAAACGCUGGGGCAAAUCAGGCACAGGAAUAUUGUGAGGCUUUUGGGUUACGUUUCGAAUAAAGACACGAAUUUGUUGCUGUACGAGUACAUGCCUAAUGGGAGCUUGGGGGAGUUACUGCAUGGUUCAAAAGGAGGACGUUUAGAGUGGGAGACAAGGUACAAGAUCGCUGUUGAAGCAGCCAAAGGACUCUGUUAUCUCCACCAUGACUGUUCGCCUUUGAUCAUCCACAGAGACGUGAAGUCCAAUAAUAUCUUGCUGGACUCUGAUAUGGAGGCCCAUGUUGCUGAUUUUGGGCUUGCUAAGUUUUUGAGGGACGCAGGAGCUUCUGAGUGCAUGUCUUCUAUUGCUGGCUCAUAUGGUUACAUUGCUCCAGAGUACGCUUAUACGCUGAAAGUGGACGAGAAAAGUGACGUGUACAGCUUCGGAGUGGUGUUGUUGGAGCUGAUUGCUGGAAGGAGACCCGUCGGGGAUUUCGGGGACGGAGUGGACAUUGUGCGAUGGGUCGGUAAGACUACGUCGGAACUAGCUCAGCCGUCCGAUCAGGCUUCGGUUCUGGCAGUGGUGGAUCCUAGGCUUCACAACCCCUCACUGACAGGUGUCAUUCAUCUGUUUAAGAUUGCCAUGAUGUGUGUUCAAGAUGAAAGUUCUGCUAGGCCCACCAUGAGAGAAGUGGUUCACAUGCUCACUAAUCCUCCUCGCAUUGCUCCAACUACAACCCGGUUUAAUCUUUAAUGAUUAAACAUAACUAUCCUGUCUCUGACUGCAAUUGCGACUGCAAACUAUAAAUAUAUAUAUAUAUAUAGACUACUUUUUUGUUUUUUGAGUAAAUAAAAUGCUAAUUACCAAAACGUAUUAUAAUAUUUUGUCAAAAAAAAAAUGUUGUAGUUUGUCUCAAGGUAAUUAAACAUUUAAGCAUUUUGUCAUUGUUAUAUAGUGUAUAAUAUUUGUAAAACCUUUUAUUGACUAACUUUAAUUUAGACAUAAUAUUUUAAAAUUAUUGAGGAAAAUUAGUAGCA